UGGUUUCAUCCUGGUAUGAACCGCCAUACUGCAGAAAGUUUAUUGAUGCAGAAUGCUAAAGAAGGAACAUAUUUACUACGACCUAGUUCCACAGCAGGAGAGUGUGCAAUAUCAGUCAGAUGUGAAAAUUCAGUGAAACAUUUUCAUAUAACCUAUAGUGGAACUCAGUAUGUUUUUGGACAUGGUACAUUUGGUAAUAUUGAUGAAUUAGUGGAACAUUUUGAAAAUCAGCCAUUAAUAGGUGGAGAAUCUGGUCAGUUAGUGUUAUUACGAACACCAUAUCCUAGCAAUAUAGAGGAACCUCAGUGUUAUGAGUCAGUCACAGUUCAUGCUGAAUUUAAUUCGGGAAAAAAUACACAUCAACAAGAAUUCUCUAUUAAUUCUAAAGAAGGUUAUUUAACUAAAAUUGGUGAUAUUUUUAAGACAUGGCGCCAUAGAUGGUUUGUAUUACAGAGAAAUGAAUUGAAAUAUUUUAAAAGUAAAACUGACCAUAAGCCAAUAAGAGUGUUAGAUUUAAAUGAAUGUAUUGAAUGCUGUGAAGACUCUACACAUAAAGAUAAAUUAAAUUUAUUCAGGUUAAAGUUUCCAUGGAGGACAUUUUAUUUAUUUGCUGCCACAGAACAAGAUAUGGAUGAAUGGAUCAAAGUUAUCAAUUGGAGAUUGGUGAGUUUUAAAGAUAUGUUUUCCCCCGUUCCAAUUGAUUUAAAGAUGGGUUCUUUUUUUUCAAAUAAUGUAUAG